CCAACUUCUGAUCUGGCUGUUUGUCGCUGGGAAGCUGAAGCUCACAGAACACAAGGGAUUUCUGCCUAGACUUCAUUCCCUGCAGCUGCUGCACUUUUUUUUUUGUAGCCCAUUUUCUCUGCCUUCCUGACAUGAAGCUUGUUUUAACCUGCCAACGAAGUUUAAUGCAUUUCAUUUAUAUUGCAUGAUCAGUGUAAAGGGGUGGGUGAGUGCAUCAGCACCCCAGUCACAUGUUGGUUGGGUCAGUGAUGCAGACUGUAGCUGCCAUGCAUCAUCACAGAUUUGCAGGACUCUGAUACGGCUGUCGGAAGCAGGAUGCUUUUCCCCAACUCUGUGCAGGAAUCUCCUCGUGUCCUCCCAGAUGUCAACGACUUGAAUUUAGGCCUGCAGUCCCUAAGCCUGACAGGGUGGGACCGGCCAUGGAGCAGCCAGGAUUUGGACAGUUCAAUCCAGACCAGCACCCCCUCCAUGUUGAGUAUGCUCAGCAGCCCUCUUGGCAACAAACAGGGCAAACCCAUGGGCUUCCCAUCCCUGGAUCCCAUUGGCUCGGACUUCCUGGACAAGUUUCCUGGUUUGGCCCCCUGGAACACCCGCCUGGAAUCCCGCUCCCUGCUCGACUCGCGAUCCAGCAGCCCUGUCGACUCUGAAACCAGUGGCUUCAGCUCCAGCUCUGACCACCUCCAUGACUUGCUUUCUACACUCCGGAUCUCCCCUCCCCUGCCAUUCUUAAUGAGCAACUUGCAAAGGGAUGCUCUGAAGAUUGGGCUGGGAUCUAGUCUGGACCAGGACAACCCUUCCCUGGGAGCCAUCUCGUCCCCCAGCAGCCUCUCCAAGAGAUGGCCUGGGACCUCUGUAUGGCCAAACUGGGACCUCCAGGAGUCUCAGGAUGAUCCAUUUAGCAUUGAGAGAGAGGCCAAACUACACAGACAGGCUGCAGCUGUGAACGAAGCUACCUUCACCUGGAGUGGACAGCUGCCUCCCAGGAACUAUAAGAACCCACUUUAUUCCUGCAAGGUGUUCCUUGGUGGAGUGCCUUGGGAUAUUACUGAGGCUGGACUGAUCAACACAUUCUGUGUGUUUGGUCCCCUGAGUGUGGAGUGGCCUGGUAAGGAUGGCAAGCACCCUCGCUGCCCUCCCAAAGGGUAUGUGUACCUAGUGUUUGAGUUGGAGAAGUCUGUGCGAGCUCUGCUCCAGGCCUGCACCCAGGACUUGCUGAACCCUGAUGACUUGAGCGAGUACUACUUCAAGAUGUCCAGCCGCAGGAUGCGUUGCAAGGAUGUACAGGUGAUUCCCUGGGUGAUCUCGGACAGUAACUUUGUGCGCUGCCCUUCCCAGCGCCUGGACCCCAGCAAGACUGUGUUCGUAGGCGCUCUGCACGGGAUGCUCAAUGCUGAGGCUCUGGCCAGCAUCAUGAAUGACCUCUUUGGAGGAGUGAUGUAUGCUGGCAUUGAUACAGACAAGCACAAAUAUCCAAUUGGUUCUGGACGUGUCACUUUCAGCAACCAGCGCAGCUACCUGAAAGCAGUCGGUGCAGCUUUUGUGGAAAUCAAAACUCCGAAGUUCACUAAAAAGGUUCAGAUUGAUCCAUAUCUUGAAGAUUCAAUGUGCCAAGUCUGCAGUCGCCAGCCAGGACCUUUCUUCUGCAGAGAGCAGGCAUGCUUCAAGUACUACUGUCGUUCUUGUUGGCACUGGCAGCACUCUAUGGAUAUCCUCCGAAACCAUCGCCCACUGAUGCGCAAUCAGAAGAGCCGUGAUUCCAGUUAAAUGGCAGAGCAAGCAACCUGCAGCCGCUCUGCAUAACCUGCCGAGAGAGCCUGUGCUGGUUCUCUGAUUUUUCUGGGAACAGCACUUCAGUGAUGACUUAGAAAUAAGAAAUCUUUAAACAAAAAAAAUUGAGAGUUCAUUAUUGCACUUGCUGUUUUUGUUUUUUGCUGUUCUUGUUCACAAUCUCACUAUGCACAUGUUGGGUGAUGGGCCCACCAUUAUGCAGUUCCCAGACUCGUCACUGUUUUGGAGAGGUAAAUAAGGCCAGGGUUUGGAAGGUGUUGAUGCAAAUGCCUUCCCCUUGAUUUAUUUUUAAUAAGCUUUAAUUUUUUUUUUUACAUACCUUGCAUAUAGAAGUAAAUAAUGCAAGUCGCAUUGCCUUUCAUGUUGGCAGUUGCCAUAGUGCCUUUAAAUUUAUUUCCUCCUUAUCUGAGCUGCAUGCUCUUUUCUGUGCAGUCAGCUGGUGGUUUUUUUUUUUUUUUUUUACUUCAGAAGAGGAGUUGGGCUUCAUUUAACCAGUCGCAUUUCAGAAAUUUUACGCAGUUUUUUACAAAUUCUUUUUACACAACGUUUUAAGUCGUGACAACAUGGGAAUUUAAAAGUAAAUCUACCUGGCGGCUUUU